UAAUGUUUCCUCGACAUAUUUAUGGUGGCAUCUCCAGGCUAGUUUGCGGCAAGAACAAAUUAAAAUCAUCUAAAAAAUACAGCAAUGGCACAUCCCCUAUCCAGCGUUCAGACUCUCAGGUAGACUCAGUUUUGCAGAAAUAUGAUACUCAACAGAGAAAAUACUUAAAGGAGCCCUGUAUUCUAGUAGAUUCUGCAGAUCAUGUGAUUGGAUCAGCCUCGAAAAAAGACUGCCACCUUCUGACAAACAUCAGUCAAGGAAUGCUUCACAGAGCAUUUAGCGUGUUCUUGUUCAACAAUAAAACUGAGCUUCUUCUUCAACAGCGUGCCGACACAAAAAUAACAUUUCCGGGAAUGUUCACGAACACAUGCUGCAGUCAUCCACUGAGUACCACUCUAGAGCUGGAGGAACGCAAUGCUUUAGGGGUCAGAAGGGCUGCUCAGAGGAAACUGUUCCACGAGCUGGGAAUCCCUCCUGACCAAAUUCCUCUGGAUAAGAUCAAGUAUAUCACCCGAAUUCAGUACUCUGCACGCAAUAUUCCCAACGAUGGCAUUUUUGCUGAAAAUGAGAUCGAUUAUGUUCUCUUUGUUCUGAGGGAGGUGACUUUGAAUAUUAACCAGAAUGAGGUCAAAACUUACCAGUAUGUGAGCCAAGCUCAGUUGAAGGACAUGAUAGCGCAGGCAGACCUUGGCCAAGUGGCAUUGACGCCUUGGUUCAGACUCAUCUGUAAGAACUUUCUGUUCGACUGGUGGGCAAACUUGCAUAAGAUGGAAACCAUCAAGGACCACAAAAAUAUCCAUUUUUUGUCGUAACUCAUUUAUGAUUAUGGGCAUUGUCUAUAAGUGCACAAGAUAUUGCAUUAAACAAGUAUCAGAUGCAUGUUUGUUCUUUUAAUAAAUGAUUGAAUGUA